AUGAAGCUGUCUAUACAAGGUUCUCGACAAUCGCAUAGCUUCAUUAAUACGGACCAAGCAUCGGAGGGGAGCUACGCAGGGUUAGAAGACAACGAUUACCUAGAGAACCCCUUUGAGCCAGAGAACCCUUUUGAGCUCGAGAACCCCUUCAGGCUCCAGAACCCCUUUGAGUCGGGGGACCUAUUGGAGCAAGAGAACCCUUUUGAGCCUCCAAACGCGCCGGAGCCUGAGAAUCCUUUUGAGUCUCCACACUCACCGGAGCCUGAGAACCCUUUCGAGCCUCCACACUUACCGGAGCCUGAGAAUCCCUUUGGACAAGAAAAUCCCUUCGAAACAGCUGAAAUAGUAGAAGAAUCACUACCAAUCCCCGUCGUUGAAGACGACGGUGACUACGAAAACUGGUUUGAAGAGAAAGAUCCACAAGAACAGCUACAGCCACAACCAUACCAAAGACCGUUAAACCCAAAGAAGGUUGAGUUUAUCAGGGCUUUCAAACGCUGGACAAGGCUUCAAAAGCACAAUAGACCUAAUAGGAAACAAACUAUCGAGUUCAUUCUCAAGGCUAGAACUGGUUACAAAAGGCUUGGACAAAGAUACCAUUCGUAUACUGGUAUAAUUGGCAAGAGUCGACAAAUCAAGCAAAAAUCACAUUGUCUCCUCUUUCAAAACUUACCAGAGGAAAAAGAAAUAACAAAAGAUUCAAAGUAUUACCGCCAUCCAGUUGAAAGAUUAAACCAAGGGCCGAGGUUUCGAACUCAAGCUGCUCUACACGGCCAUCAAAUCGCAGCUCGUCAAUACGCCGACUACAUCACUCGUGAAGUUUUGAAUUUCAGAAAGGGGGAGUAUAGAGCGGCGAAAGUUUACCAGGUUGUUACAAACCAAAUUGACGCCAUUUUAAAAAUUGAGUUGGGACUUGCCCACGAGAAGGGAUUGAGGUGGGGCUGGUAUCUUUGCGAAGGCGCUGAAGGUGCUCCCUGGGAAAAUUGUGAGAAAUUCUGUGUUUGGCCUGGGUGUUUGGGACCUGAACCAAGCGAAUCUUUUCAUAGAAAAAUGGAAAAAGCUAACGAUAAUAUAAACGAGUCGGACAAUCUUCCUGUCCGCUUCCCAUUCCUAAGCGAAGUAAGAGGCGGGAGCGAAAAAGAGUCUACCAACAGAUCAGGUCCUGGAUCCGGCUUCAACGUUGGGUUUGACCUUAACCAUUGCCUGGUCGGACUUCACCACACUGUACGACGAGCCCAGGACCUCAUAUACGAUCAUAAAUCUACACAAGCCUUCGACCUCUGCCGAUCAUACCUCGAAGAUGGCUGCGAAGAACUAAUGAUUCACCCACCAAUCACAACUCUAGACAAAGCACAUCUCGCAUUCAGUGCCAGCUCAGCCGCUCGAUUCGCCUACGCUGAUUACUGGAGCGUCAAACGUCGUGUCGUCGAGAUCGAGAAGUAUAUGACCUUAACGGUUUUUUAUAUGCUUUCCGACCCUAAAAUAUUGAAGGAAAACACCAAUAUGCACUUUUAUGCUGAUGUUAAGGCGAAAGUUCACUACUGGGGUGAGAUUCACCAACUUCACUUUUUGAUGCCUCAAAGGUCGUUGGGUGAUUUGAUGGAUAUCUUGUCACGCGAACGACUCAAGCGGCUCGUCCGUUUACAUAAAAACAAAAUGAAUUUAAACAAAGAAGAGCUGAAGAAGGGGUACACGUUGCAAAUUAUAUCUAUCCCCACCAGAGAAGCGCCGAAGCCGGUGGUCAGCAGACGCAAGCACUUGGUAGCGAAGAUCAUAGGCCGCGGCGACAAAGUCAAAGGUGAAACCAACGAAAAUGUCAAGAAACCGGCGGAGGGUCAAAAUAUUUUCAAACGACUUUGGAAUAAACUCUUGCGUAAGGAACAACCGAAACCUGCUCAAGAGACUGUUCCAGGAAUUCCACAGAACAAUAAAAAGGGAGACCCAGAUAUAAUCGAGAUGCUGGAUCUCCACGACCGCCCGGAGGAGAGCAGAAUCACCUGGAUUAGCAAGGAUGGUAUUGGGAGAAGACGAACAACCCCAAUGCCCAAGUUCAGCUACCAUGACACCAUCCGCAAGGAUCCUUAUCACGACUAUCCACCGACCAUAGAGUACAGACAGGCUGUUUUGCGUUAG